AUGGAUUGGGACACCCCUCAAAGUUUGCUGGAUGAAAUGAACAAGUACUCCACGUCGCUGGGGAAGGUGUGGCUUUCGGUCAUCUUCGUUUUCCGUCUGAUGGUGCUGGUGGUGGCGGCCGAGACCGUCUGGGGAGAUGAGCAGAGUGGCUUUGUCUGCAACACCCAGCAGCCCGGUUGCAGGAACGUCUGCUACGACCGCUUCUUCCCCAUCUCCCACAUCCGGCUGUGGGUUUUCCAGCUCCUGGCUGUGACCGUCCCCUCAUGUCUCAUCGGGAUGCAUGUUUCCCAACGGAGGGAAAACAAGAAGAACAUCAAAAUCUUUAAUCAGAAUGCUGAUCGGCGAAAAAUAAAGAUCGAUACCUCUCUCCUUCGGACCUACCUGGUCAGCGUCGUGUUCAAGAUGUUAUUUGAAGGCAGCUUUAUGUAUUUAUUCUACUGGAUCUACGAAGGAUACCAGAUGGUUCGACUAGUGAAGUGCAGCGAAUAUCCCUGCCCUAAUACUGUUGACUGCUUCAUUUCCAGACCAACCGAGAAAACCAUUUUUACCGUGUUUAUGCUGGUGACCUCAGCUCUGUGCAUCGCACUGAAUGUUCUAGAACUCUGCUACCUGAUUGUAAAAUAUUGCUUUGUUCAGUUAAAAAGUAUUGCUUCUCCACAGUAGAGGACUGUACAAAGGCCUAGAGGUUGAAGAGCUACCUGAGGCAAAAGGUGAUGGUGACCUGCUGAGAUAGAACUACCAUUUUCCCCACAACGUUUAGCAUUUUCUUCAGUGAGAUUGUUACAUGAAACAC